AUGGAGGGAUUUGUGUGCAAUGAACGAUCGUUCAUACCCCCAAGGCCGUUCAAGAAUAUUGGCUUUGUCGCAAUCGUAGCCGAUGCUGCUGUUGGCGCUAUGGUCUAUUACGCAUUCACCGUUCUCUGGCCACAGCUUAUCGAGUCCAUAUACACCACCGACUCGAUCCAGAUUGGACUCCAGAGCUCCGUAGUCGGCGGUGGCGUGCUGCUAGGCCAGAUACUGGGCGGCAUGGCGCUGGGCUUUGUUCCUGGCGUCAAGUACCAGUGCAUUAUUGAUUAUUGUUUCCUGCCUUGCCAUGGCUUUUAUUACCCCACUGAGUGCUUUGGGCUCGGAUAUCUGGUCAAUGGCUAUAGCGUUGGGCACCUUGGGCUGCAUGACAUCGGGCUUGCCGCUGGUGUCCUCGGGUCUCUCCGGGCUCUGGGUGGAGCAGUUGCGCAGGCAGUCUACGUCUCCGUGUUGAACAACGAGGUAGCGAAGAACAUACCAAAGUACGUAGGUGCAGCGGCCACCGCGGCUGGUUUGCCAGAAUCGUCGCUGUCUAGUCUGCUGGAGGCUGUGUCGAGCGGGUCAAGUCUCCAAGGGAUUGACGGUGUUACGGAAAGCGUUGUCACCGCGUUGUUGACUGCGCACAAGGUAGCGUAUUCGGAGAGUUUCCGCAUUGUCUUCCUUUGCACUAUUCCAUUCAGUGUUCUCCUGGUCAUUUCCAGUUGCUUUGUGCCGAGUAUGAGGAACCACGUCCAUUACCAGGUGGCGAGGCGCCUACAAGGGGUUGGAAAAGAAGAAUCUGUAUCCGAUGUCAAGGCUGACACUGAGAUGAUUGAGCAUGUCUAG